CAUGGAGUAAUCGCAAUUAGAUUCUCUACAGGACAGAUUAAAAUAAAUAAAUUACCCUUAUUAUGAUUCAAAAACAAAGGGAUUUGAUUACAUGGCAACUAUUGAUUGUCUGUUAAAAGCCAAAUUGGAUUCAAUAGUACUAUUACAUGUUUAUGCUCAUAAUCUAACAGGUGUGGAUCCAACUGAAACCGAAUAGUAAUAAAUUGCUGAGGUAUGCAAAACAAAAAUCUACUACCAUUUUUUGAUUUGCUUAUCGACGAUUUGCUAAUGGAUGCAUUGA